CUUGCGUCUUUUUGCAGCCAAAGCACCUACUGCCACUGUAUCUCUUAUCGCAUCAACAUAGCUUAGAAUUGCUGUCUCUCGCCAUGAGCCAGACACACGACAUCGAUAACGACGACUCGUUCUUCCCUUUUGACCUUUAUGAGCCACUUAAUGGUUCGCAUCGCCUCAAGGAGAGUGUGCAGGAGCCUCAACAUCCCCUUUCUGACUCGCACGACCACCCCCGUUCGCUCUCCUCCUUCUCGGCCCCAGUCCUUCCCCUUGACUGGUACUACAACAACAUUCCUACUCACGACGAGAUGGCGACAGAUGUGGCCUCUAGCCCCUCGAAAGGCAAAGGUGUUUCAAAGCCUUUGUACAUUCAGGGUCGCGAACCCGUCGACAUUCAGAUCGACGUCCUCCAAGCGGCCGGAUCGUCCUCUUCUGCAGGCAAUUUCAGCCUCGCUCACGCGUGGUCGGAGUCGUCCCCUUCCAUCGUUGACCCGUCCCAUAUACAGCUCGCACACUUCCACGACCCCGCGCUGAACAAUUCCCCCGAUUUACUCUGCGCGGACGAGCUCGAGAAUGUCGGCGAGUCCUCGGGUUUCUCAGCGAAGGGCAAGGGGCGUGAGCGGCCACCCGUGCUCCCGCCGCUCGUGUUCAUGUCCCCGUCGUUGGACUACGACGGCGCUGAAUGGCCCUCGUCGCUCAGCUCGGUCUCCAUGUCGCCCCAGACCGCAGGCCCGUCCUCGUACGGUUCUGGAUUUGCAUCGAUCGCCGAGUCCGAGUCCGGGCAGAGCGCUAGCAUCGGCCAUGAUGUCACGCCGCCCGUCUCGCCCGACGCCCCUGCGCACAUCCCGGCCCGCCGACGCUCGCUCUCGAACAUCUCGCUCCGCUCGACGCGCUCGCUGUCGGCGCUGUCCAUCAGCAAGGUCAAGGUCAAGCUCGCCGUGAGCAAGGGGCCGGGAAACAUCGCCCGUAAGCUCCUGUUCAGGAGGCGAGCUGAGACCGUGCCCAUUCCGACGACUUCCUCUACCACUGCGACUGCUCCGAAUGAGCAGACGACCGAUGCCGACCUUCAUGGCAGCAAUAGUUGUUUCAUGCCUUGGGCUCGCGACCUGAAGUCCUGUACGAGCCCACCUCAGGGCACUCUUAUUGACAUCGAUGUCGACCUCUCGAGCGGUAUGAUCCCUCCCGUCUCCCCGCUGUAUCGUCUUGGUCCGCCUUCCGGCUCUGCCGUUCUGCGCACGAAGGGUCGCUCGUACUCUUCUCCUUUCCCGCUGAUAUCCUCUCCUCUUGAUAUCGUGCCAACCACCCCUGCUGAGAUAUCACAGCCCAUCCCUGUCAUCGUUCCGAAUCACUUUGAUGAAUACCUACCCCGCGAGCUGAGGAUCCUCGUUCUGGCGAUGCUCGUCGACCUGCACGAAGCGGACCACCGCCGGCUUGUCUCUAGUGGCAAAUGGACGGCCAUCCGGGCUGGGCUUUCCCGAAAUAGGCAUGUCGGGGUAGAGAAGGGUGUCCGGGAACUCUUGAAGCUGAGCAGGGUUUCAAAGGCUUGGCAAAGCCUCGUCUACGACGGACAGCUCUGGGCUAGGCUGCCCAGGCUACCUCCUAGCGUCCUCGCGCGGCUGUGCGGGAGGGCAGGCGGCUUCGUCAAGCGCGUCGAGUUUACAGGCCUCGCCGACUUGUCAUCGGACGCGCUCGUCGAAAUAACAGACGGCUUGUGCAUCGAGCCCCUACAGUCCGCCGUCCUGGCGCAUACUCGUAUCACUACUAUCGACCUACAUGGCUGCACAGCUUUGACGACGCGCUCCUUGCACUAUCUCCUGAUCCGCUCUCCUGCUCUGCAAACGCUUAAUGUCAAGGGGCUGGCGGCGGUGAAUAACAGAACUUGCGCCAUCCUGUCUAUGCACUGCCGAAAUCUCGUCUCGCUUGACGCGAGCAGGUGCAGCAAUCUUGACGGCGAGGGUAUCAGCUACCUGGCCUCGUCGACAUUGGAACGCGGCGAACGCCUGCGUCUCAAGGUGCUCCGUCUCACUUGGCUGGCCCGUGUUACGGACGACAUGAUGCGCAAUUUAGGCCGCGCUGCACCGGACCUGGAAGUGCUGGAUCUCAGCUAUGCCGUACCGCUCCACAACUCAGCCGUCGAAGCCUUCGUCUCGUUGACAGAGGAGGAAGCAAAGGAACUCGAAGCAGUCCAGCUUACAGCACGCGAGGCUGGCCGGGAUCCUGCCGACCCCACCAGGUAUUGGCGACGGGUCACUCGUCUCCGACAUCUUGCGCUCUCGUCGUGCAUCCUGCUCACCGACCACGCGCUCUCGCACCUCGCGCACGCCGUCCCGAGGCUCGAGUUCCUCGAGCUCGCAGGGAUCGGCCCCGACCUCCGCGACGACGGUCUUGUGCGUCUUCUGGAUACGACCCCCUACAUCCGGAGAGUCGACCUCGAAGACGCGUCCGAGAUCACAGACGCGGUCCUCGCCGCUCUCACCCCGCGACAGGACGCCAGUGCCAACGUAAACGCAAACGCACCCGCCUCACUAUCGUCGCCCCUUUCCCGCGGUGCGCCGCAGCCCCCAGUACCGCAGCCAGGCCAUGCCCUCGAACACCUCGUUAUCUCGUACGCGGGCAACGUGACCAACGACGCGCUGCUCGCGCUCAUCCGGGGCUGCACGCGCCUGCGCGCCCUCGAGGCGGACAACACGCGCAUGAGCAGCGCGGUGGCGCGCGAGUUCGUGCGGCUCGCGCGCGAGCGCAAGCUUGUCGACCCCGCGCUCGUCGCGAUCGACUGCCGCGGGGUCGGGGAGUACGCCGUGAAGGAGCUCACGCCGCACACGCGGCCGCGGCGGGGCUGGCGCGCGUGGGAGGCGAAGAAGCUCGCGUACCUCGACGGGCGGGACGAGGAGGGGCUCGGCGUGGGCCAGGACGAAUGCGACGAGACGCGCGUCGUGCUGAAGACGUUCUACUCGUGGCAGACGGUGGAUGCCGUCCGCGCGGCGAGGGAGAAGAAGCGGAAGGCGGCGAAGCGGGCGGGGAACGGGUCGGGCAGCAGUGCGGGGACGGCGGAUGCUGCCGACUUUGCCUCCGGGAGGACGCGCUGGUGGGCCCCGAGCGGGCGACGCUCUGGGGCGGGCUCGCCGUUGUUAUCGGAAGGCCCGGAUGGGCGAGAUGGGUGUGCGAUCAUGUAAGUGAGAAGAUGCUUGCGCGAAGCGACAACAUGCAUCGUUGCAGCGGACCUGUUCUCUUCGUUCUUGGGUUUCACUGUUGUAUUUUAUUACACUCACUGACAGUCGCGACGACCUCGUAGACGUUAUAUGUAGAUUCGUCUCUCUCUCUCUCCACGGAUUGUACUAGUAUUCUGGGACGUGUUGUAUAUGUAAAUUGCAGAGAAUGAACGUCUCAAUGCUGUAGACUAGACAGGUGGACAGCAACGUGCACGCAUAAUCAGACGCAGACGACGUCUAGAGACAGGAAAUCGACAAGCUCAUGAAGCCUUCUUCGCCUUCCUUUUGGCUUUCUUUGCCGCAGAUUGAUCUUUCUUUGCAGAUUGAGAUGGACCUGUUUCACUUCUCGGUUCAUCUACGGCCAUAUCUUCGCCAGGUGUAGAUUGGGCUAUGGCCUUCUUUUUCUUCGACGAUUUCGUCGACUUCGUCUCGGGUGUGUCUCCGUAGCCAGCAAAAGGAUCCGGAGCAGGUCUCCUGCGUUUCUUGGCACCGGCAACCUCGCCGUCGGCCAUGCUCACAUCUUGUGCAUCUGUGGCCUUAGCCUUCCCCUUCGCCUUCGAGCUUAGUCGCGCAGGCCCGUCUGCACUCUCCGCAUUCUCAUCCUUGUCGUCGAUGAUCUCCAGCGUGUCCGCGUCUACAUCCUCGUCGCUCGAGCCACUCCCUUCGUCGAGCUGCUUCUGAUACUCGGCGCGUUCGAGCAUCUUGCUGGUCACCUUCCCUGGCGGGAUCUGCGCCCCUCGUGCUGGUGCCAAAGAGGCUGACGGGGACGGUGCAUUGCCGUUCUCGUCGAACCGGAUGUGCGUAUGUAAAGGGCGGGCGCUGCUGCGGCUGUCAGAUUGGACUUCGCCGGGGGUACGCUGCUCCUGGUCUUUGACUUGGGCAAUGGCGUGUUUGAUGAAGCGGUUCGCGGCUGCUUUGUCGACGGCGGUCUUCCGCUUCUCCGGGUCUUCGGCGUUCUUGAUCUUGUCGAAGUAUUGUCUCACGCGGUUGAGUUCUGCAGCUACUGGAUGAGACUUGGGGUCGAUGCCCCGGGUCUUCAGGUAGAUGAAUAUCAGGUCGUAUACCAAGUACGGCAGUGCGACAUUCAGCUUAACCUGUUGAAUGGUCUCCAAUGGAAGCAGAGACUCAGGUAGUGUCUGCGCGAGGAGAGGUUCGAGUUUGUCCUCGAGGUCGUCCAAGGAACUAUCCAGUGCGGCCAGUUUGGCCAUGAGCUUCUCAGAGCUGUCCCCCAUGUCGCGAGAGCCAGAUUCCGUUACAGCCUGUGAUCCCGUAGCCAGUAGUAGAAGCAGAAAAGCAAGAUAGCC